AUGGCUAAUCGCCGAGAGAAAACCACUACAGAGCUUAUGGGCCUGCAGCAAGCGGAAGACGAAAGUCUCCGAGAUUACUUGACUCGCUUCAGCAACGAGUCGUCUAGAAUCACAAGUCUGGACCAAAGCCUAGCCGUAUUCGCACUGCGGAACGGCUUACAAGUUAGAAAGUUUCUGGAUUUCAUGGUCAUGCAUCCCCCGCAGACCCUGGAAGAAGCCCUCGAUGCCUUGGAUAAAUUCAUCCGAGCAGAGGAAUGGAACAAGGCCAAGCUGCAAUCUCAAACAGGGCUCGCAAAGCCAAAAGGGCAGCAAGCCGAAGUUCCCGGGUCGAGGAAAGGGAAGGCAAAGACCUCAGAACCCCCUUCGACCACAAAGCCGAAGAAGGACAAGGCUCCCUAUCUGGGAAAUUUUGAAUCUUACACCCCUCUCAUCUUACCACGUACCAAGAUCUUUAGUGUGACGACGGAGGAAGGAAGAUUCAAGAAACCAAAACCACCUCCUUCUUGGCAUCAAAAGAAGGGGAAGGAUCAUUGGUGCGAGUUCCACGAGUCCCGUGGACAUCGCAUCGAGGAUUGCCUCCAGCUGAAGGACCAUAUUAAAGAACUGGUCCAGAAAGGGUAUUUAAAGAAAUAUGUCGCGAAGCGCCGCGAAGAAAAGAAAGCUAAGAGAGAUUCUCGGCAGGAUCUGGACUACCACCGGAAAAGGGACAAACCUCCCGAGGGAGGAAAUCAUGACAUAUUAACCAUUUUCGGGGGUAUUUCUCGGAAUGCACUGAAGCGCCAUCUGAGGGGGCUGACCCAUCAGAUUCAUCAUGACGAAUUCCGAAAGCCACAGUCUCCGGUGCCGAAUAUGUUGUUCACAUCCGAAGACUGCAGGGGGGUGGUAUACCCCCAUGAUGACCCAUUGGUUAUCAUGACGAGCAUUGCAAACCACAACGUUUAUCGGACACUGGUAGACGGUGGCAGCGGGGCGAAUAUACUUUUCCGAAAGACAUUCGACCAGCUGAAGUUGGAGAGCAGGCACCUGACUUUAGUUCCCUACCUGGUAACUGGAUUCAACGGCUCUUCUUCAUAUCCAGAUGGGAAAAUUCUUCUUCCCGUCAGCCUCGGCCAAGACCGAGCAAGGCGAAGCAUCAUGGCCGAAUUCUUGGUCAUUGACGCCCCAUCAGUGUACAACGUCAUUAUGGGGAGACCCCUCAUCCAUGACGUUCAGGGAGUUGUCUCGACGUAUCAUCAAGCAAUGAUCUCCGUUUCAGACGAAGGACGCUCCGAAAAAAUCUUGGGCAACCAAAGAGAGGUUCGAGAAUGCAAUUUCCUCAAACCAUCCAAGAGUCGCCGUAAUGACAAGGAUGAUGAGGAAGAAAGAGAGAAAGAAAAAGAGCGAGGUACCAAAAGGCCGAAGGGCUUAAGUGCUUCGGCUCAGGGGUCCCCAAGAAAAAGAACAUCUUUGGGGACUGGAAAGGCUAGUUCUUCGGCUGGGUCGAAAGAUUCAGACGAAGAACAGCCGAAGAAAGGGAGGUUUGCUGAUAUUGACAGCAGGCCCGAACCAGAAGAGCCUGGCUCCAAAGCAAUGGAGUGA